CCGCCCGGCCCGCCUCCGCCCCACCGUGAGCUGCGUGCCCGUCCCGCGCCCGGGGCCCCCGCUCCUUCCCCACGGCCGGGACCUCCCUCCCCAACCCCUCUAGCUCCAGGCUCCCCAACCCCAAUGGGGGAGCCGGCGCCCCCAGUCCCUUCUCCGUCCUUCUGCCCAUUGCUCCGCACCCUUCGCCUAGCCCCGCUUCCCUUCGGGCCCCCCGGCCCUGCUUCUCCCGACCCUCCCUCCAGUCUCGCGUCAGGGCCCCCACACCGCUCGGCCCCGCCUCCCACGGAGCGGUCCCCGAGCCCCGCCCCCCAGCCCCUCUUCCUCCCCCGGGGCCGGGAAGUCGCCCCCAGCCUCGGUCCGGUCCUCCUGGCGCCCGGGUCCCACCGGCCUGGCCCUCCCUUCCACUUCAUCCCUGCGCGCAGCCUCCCCGGCCCGAGGCUUUGCGGGAGGAAAGGAGAAAGACAGGAAAGCACGGAGCCUUGGCUCGCUGUCCCCCUCGCACGGAGUGGGUCGGAGUGGCUCGGCGGAAUCUCGGAGCCCGGGAUGCAGCUCCCGCGUGGACACACAGGGACUGUGGGCCCGGUGGGAACUGGGGCCAGGCGCACUGGGGGUAUCAGGGAUUCCCAAGAGGAAAGUGGCGAGGACUGCUCCCCGGACGCAUUCUGUCUCCCCGCUACGGAAAAAUCCACUCAGCGGCCCGCGGGUGGGGUGCGCCACGCGGCGGCCCCUUCUUGGAUCCCCAGCCCAGGCUCCAGAAUGUCAAAGACCUAUGAAUGGGACCUGGCGGCGCAGGGCACCCCAUCUGGACCCUGGAUGGGAAGGAGAGGGAGGCGAAACCAAAGCCGGCCCUGCCUCUGCCGGGGCCACCCGGGCCUCUUGCUCAGUGUCUCUGCGCAGGGCCGGGAACCUAAAGCUUUCCGUGAGAACAUGGAGUGCGACAGAAGUCUCCACAUCGAAGCUCUUGGCACAGCACCGAAUUCUCUCCAGGAGCAGAGGUGGCCCAGGCCCGUUUGUCCCCUCUGUGAAGUGCUGUCAUGGUCCUACCUGCCAGGCGGUGCCACGGCUGAGUGGAGGCCGCAGGGCUGGGCUGAAUGGAGGGUCCUCCGCCCCUCCCCCACAGCCCUUGCCUUGCACAUGCGCCCCAGGGGGUCUGGCCCCUCCUGGGGGAACUUCGGGCUUCUGGAGCAAAAGCCUUCAUUUCCCCCUCCCGGCCCUGCUCCUCCCCCAGCCAGCCAGGUGCUCAGGCUGGAGACCUGGAAGCGUGCGUGA